AUGAGAGACAUAGCAAAGCAAUUUCUGCGUAUAGAUGUCAGAAAUGGGAACCAUACAUCCUUUUGGUAUGAUGUCUGGUCGCAGAUUGGUUGCCUAAAGGAAGCCGUAGGUGAUAGAGGUAAAAUAGCGCUUGGUAUUGUGGAAAAUGCUACGAUGGCAGAUGUCCUCUCAAAUAACAGGAGGCGAAGACAUAGAGAGAGCAUUCUAAAUGAUAUAGAGGAAGACAUAAAUACAUUGCGCAUUGGAGGGUUAAGGGACAUGGAUGAUGUCCCGUUAUGGAGAAGCGAAGAAGGAACAUUUGGAAACAGAUUCUCCACUAAAAAGACAUGGCAUCAGCUGAGGACGAGGCAAUCUAUCUGUCCUUGGAGCAGAGGCAUAUGGUUCCCCGAGUCCACCCCGAAAUACUCAUUUAUGAUCUGGAUUGCAAUAAAGAACAGGUUGCAAACAGGAGAUAAAAUGCACGCUUGGAAUGCUACCAUACACGCAGAGUGUACUCUAUGUCAUGAAGUGCAAGAGACUUGCCAUCAUCUCUUUUUCCAAUGUACCUACUCAUCUAAGGUUUGGAAAUCAUUGGUACAAGGGCUUCUCAAAGAUGGCUUUACCGCAGACUGGAAUACCAUUAUCACUAUAAUAUCUGGCUCGACCUUUCCUGCCACAGAAUUGUUCCUUAUCAGAUACUCCCUGCAGGCAGCAGUUCACAGUAUCUGGAGGGAAAGAAACUCGAGGAGACAUGGUGAAGAACCAAAGGAUGCCAUUACUCUGAGCAAACUCGUUGAUAAAACGAUCAUAUUGCAUCUGCUUGCAGUCAAGGCAAGAGGCCACGCCUACUUGGAGAGAAGUCUGCGUACUUGGUUUGGCACGAGAGAAGAUCUAACACCAUCGUAA